AUGGCGAGAGCUCGUCAGCGUUUCUUGGAUAUUGUCCAGGCACUUCGUCCGUCCUUCUUGUCUAGGAAUCCACACUUUAACUUUAUUACGGUCCAUUAUUUCUGGAUUAUCGGAUUGACUAUCAUUGGAUCCAUCUUGAUUUAUGCAUCUGCUCGAGGUCAAUUGGCAUAUAUUGAUGCUCUCUUUUUUGCUAGCGGUGCAAACACUCAAGCAGGUCUGAAUACUCUUGAUGCCAACUUGCUCAACACUUUUCAGCAGCUGGUGAUUUACUUCCUCUCUAUGAUGUCUAAUCCAAUUAGCAUUCACUCCUCUGUUGUCUUCUUGCGUCUCUAUUGGUUCGAGAAGAGAUUCCAGCAUAUUGCAACAGAAGCCCGGACGCGACGAGUUUCUAUGGCCAAAUCACGGUCAAAGGCGAAAACAAAUCCUGUAGAUUUGGAGAAGGGCGUCAAUGGCCGGAAUAUUACCGUGAUGCACAAUACCGCCAAGGCAUCUCGAAUAACUAACGACGGCAUUGUACUAGAAAAUUACACCAUCGAGGGGGCUACAAAACAUGAGCCGUUCGCGAAUGGGUUUCGUGCUAGGGACGAAUCUGAUCCUACAGAUCAGGACCAAUCCUUUCAGCGGCCUCCUACACAAAUCAAAUUUUCAGACCAGGUCAAGAGGAGUGAUGAUUCGGAUGACGAGGAAGUCCCACUACCUCCUAAGCGGACCGAUGCGGAACAUAUCGCCAUUGUGGAACGACAGCGCAAAAUAGAUAAGAGUGCGCUUAGAAUUCCCGGGCCGCGUGACGCCGAUAGAGGUGCGCUACCAGAAGAAGUAGAUGAAGAAGGGCCUGAAGGUCCUGGUCUUUCGGGCCGUAGACGAAGAGAAUCAAGUGUCGAAGGUCCCCUCCGACCAACGUCGCCCUUGCAUCCCGCAGCUCGUGCAGAUCGCCAACCAACGAUUACCAUUGAAGAGCCAAUAAAACCACACAGAGAAGAGCACGAUUUUCCGGAGGAGAUAGCAGAGGAUGUUGAGGCAGCUGCUCACACGAUUGGUGCUUUGAAACCCCGGAUGCCUAGGAAAGAUGGGGAAAAAUUACAUCAUACUGAGACUACUGCGUCGACUUCUCGGAUCAACCCUCUGCACCGCAUCAAGUCCGUCCUAACACAGGGUAAGGAUGAGGAUCCUAUGCCAUAUCUGAGUUGGCAACCGACCCUAGGUCGAAAUUCUGCCUUCCUGGGACUCUCGGAAGAGCAGAGAGAGGAGUUAGGUGGCAUCGAAUAUCGAUCUCUAAAAACGCUUGCCCUUGUCCUCACGAUCUACUUCUUUGGUUACACCAUCUUCGGCAUAAUCACUUUAGUUCCAUGGAUAGUUCACAACAAUGACUACUAUGGCAAGAUCAUUGACGAAGCCGGCCAGAGCAGGGUAUGGUGGGGCUUCUUCACGGCAAACUCAGCGUUCAUGGAUCUUGGCUUGACGCUUACUCCCGACAGCAUGAACUCGUUUAACACGGCCAUCUUUCCGCUCCUCGUAAUGUCAUUCUUGAUUAUACUCGGAAACACUGGAUUCCCUAUCAUGCUUCGUUUCAUGAUCUGGCUAUUUUCUCUCUUUGUACCCCGCGGGUCUGGUCUCUGGGAGGAGUUGAGGUUUCUCUUAGACCACCCGCGACGAUGUUUCACGCUCUUGUUUCCGUCAAAUGCUAAUUGGUGGCUAUUCUUUAUCUUGGUCGCUCUUAACGGAGUGGACUUGAUUUUGUUCAUAAUCCUCGAUCUACAUGGUGAAGCGGUCACCGGACUGCCACUAAAUAUCCGCUUCCUUGAUGGAUGGUUCCAAGCCACAGCUACUAGAACCGCAGGAUUCUCCUGUGUGAAUCUGGCCGCUCUUCACCCAGCCGUCCAAACGUCAUACCUCAUCAUGAUGUAUAUUUCCGUCUUCCCCGUCGCUAUCUCGAUUCGUAGGACGAACGUUUACGAGGAGAAGUCUCUUGGAGUUUACAGUACAGGUUAUGACGACGACGACACUGGACAGAGCAGCAUAUCAUAUGUUGGAACCCAUUUACGGCGCCAGCUCUCUUUUGACUUGUGGUACAUAUUCGUCGGUUAUUUUAUUCUCACUAUCACCGAAGGCCCAAAGCUUAUGGCUGGAGAUUUCUCUAUGUUUGCUGUACUCUUCGAGAUUGUGAGCGCAUAUGGCACGGUUGGACUCAGCUUGGGAUACACGGGUAUCAACGCCUCACUGUGUUCUCAGUUCACUGUCCUUGGCAAACUCGUCGUUAUCGCUAUGCAGAUUCGUGGCCGCCAUCGUGGUUUACCCUACGGACUUGACCGAGCCGUCCUUCUACCCAGUGAGCAUCUCAACCGUAAGGAGGCCGAAGAAGCUGAAGUAAGGCUACAACGUCGUCAUUCCGCAAUGUCCAUUGGGCAGCACUCCCACCACCGGCCUGCAAGUCCGACGCGAGGCCGUAGCCGCAGCGCAGAUAGGAGAAACAUUAUCACGGGUCUUUUACACCCCGGUCCGACUUACCCGGCUCGACAUUCAAUGGGGAAAUCGGAUGGCCCGAUUGGAUUUGACGCGAUGGAUACAUUAAGGAAGCAUAUCACGGAUCCAGGGAAGGGCGAAAACGGUGAUACGAACGAACCGAUUCCGAGACGUAGAAAGAGAGCUGAUACACAGCCAACCUUUGAUCAUUAG